AUGGAAGAGGACAAGGAGACAACAGACUGGAUGCACCAGUCACAGUCAAAUGCAGCGGAUAGGUCACAUUACUUUGUACCAAUGCCAGAGGAGGAUGACAAUGAGGAUAAGUUCUUGACAAAGGAAGAGCUGACCAACCCAAAGGAGUUGGUAAAGGCAGUCAGGACAAGACUUCCACUUUAUGUACCAAUAGUUAAUUGGAUAAGAUCAUAUUCGAAACAGGAUUUAGUAGGUGAUGUAUUAUCUUCGAUCACUGUGGCUACGAUGUUGGUUCCACAGGCACUGGCCUAUGCGAUACUUGCUGGAUUCAAGAACCCAAUCAUUGGAUUAUACUCUGGUUGGUUACCCUUGGUCAUAUACGCAUUCAUGGGCAGUUGCAAACAACUUGCAGUUGGACCCGAGGCAUUGCUUUCAGUAUUGCUUGGAACGAUAUUGUUGGAUGAACCAGAUGAUGCGACAAAGAUUGAGACGGCACAUGCACUGGCAUUCUUGGUGGGCUGCGUCAGUUUCUUGUUUGGAUUGAUUCAGUUUGGAUUCAUGGGAUCGAUCAUUUCUAGAUGGGUUCUGUCUGGAUUUAUCAACGCCGUGGCACUGAUCAUCGCCAUCUCACAGCUGGAAGCACUGAUUGGUAUUGACUUUGGACUGCACGAAGCAGGCCCCUAUCAGAAGUUCUGGUAUGCAAUCACACAUUUGGGCGAAGCCGAUAAGGCGACCAUACUUCUCUCGCUUGGAUGCGUUCUGUUCUUGUUGGCCAUGCGUGUACUCAAGGGUGUGCUUGUCAGUCGCGGCUUCAAGAAUGCCAAGUACAUCCCCGACAUCCUGUUGGUGGUCAUCAUCUCCAUCCUCAUCACCUGGCUCGCCGACCUCCAAAACCAUGGCGUCCAAAUUCUCGGACACUUCCAAGGUGGAUUCCCUAUACCAGCGUUCCCCAGGUUCGAUUUAGACCAACUAAGGAGAUUGCUACCUCAAGCAAUAUUGAUUGUUAUUGUUGGAUUUGUCGAAGCGACGGCUGUGUCCAAGGGCUUGGCCACCAAGCACAAUUACUCAAUCAGCUCCAAUCGUGAGCUUGUUGCAUUUGGCACGGCAAACAUACUGGGCUCCAUCUUCCAAACGUACCCAGUGUUUGCGUCAAUCCCUAGAACUAGCAUCCAAGACUCGUCUGGCUCCAGGACAUGUCUCUCGGGAUUCCUCACCUCGUGUCUGCUGCUCUUCACCUGUAUCUUCUUGACAAAGCUUUUUGUCUAUCUACCCAAGGCCACGAUGGCAUCGAUCAUCUUUGUGGCAGCCUUUGGUCUGUUGGAGAUCCACGAGGUGAUCUUUUUGUGGAAGACCCGAUCAUGGUACGACUUUGCCCAGUUCAUGGUCGCGCUGCUGGCCACCUUCAUCCUUGAGGUCGAGGUUGGCGUCAUGGUCUCAAUUGGCAUGUGCAUCUUCCUCGUUCUCAGACACUCGUCGUCACCACACGUCUACAGUGUGAUGGGUCGUGUGCCAGGCACCAACCGUUUCAAGGACGUCUCCAAGUUCCCCGAAGCCGAACCAAUCGAGGGCAUCCUGCUCAUCCGUAUCGACGAGGUGCUCUACUUUGCCAACAUCUCUCAGUUCAAACAGCUGCUGGCCGAGAUCGAGAAGAUGAUGGACAAGUCAGCGAUCGAAGCAGGCAGUGGCGGCACGCCACUCCAAUCAAUCAUCAUCAACAUUGUCAACAUCCCAGCGGUGGACGCCAGUGCCCUGCUGACGAUCCAAGAGAUGGUGGAAGCAUAUCACAAGCGAAAUGUCAAGGUGGCCUUUGUCCAGAUGUCCGAGAAGAUCAGGGAUUCAUUCAAGAAGUCCGGUCUGUACGACCUGAUCACGCCACAACUCAUUUUCGAGUCCAACUACGAGGCCGUCACCUAUCUGGAGAAUAACACUGGCCACAAUGCCAACGAGCUGCAUGGCGAUGGCGGCAUUGGCAGUGGUGAGGGCGUACACUCGUCAUCUUUGCUCAAGUCAAGUGGAUACUUUGAGGAGGAGCAACUCAAUGGCGCCAUUGUCAACGAUGGCAUCAGAAUGGAUGACUUCUCCGAUCCCGACUCUGAUGAGUUCAUCUCUAGCAGAGGUAAAUAA